AUGGCACUGAUGCAACAAGGAUACCAAAACUACAUGGCAAAACGAAAGCUGGAUUUUGAAAACAUAACCGACGAAAACGAACCACCCUCUAAACGCAACACAAGGAGUACUCAGGUAAGCACAGCGGUGACUCUUUAUCUUUAGAAAAAUUUUGUCAAAAGACCAAGCGCGCGUUUAUGCUAAUCAUUGGAAACAUCAAAUCUUCAUGCUUAUAACAGGCUGCCGCCGAAAAAGAAGCAGCUCUUCCCGAUGGAACUCGUCUAAUUGACCUUGACACAUUUCGGAAACGUCUCCAAAGCUGCACUCACUGUCAAUCAGGUAAAUGUAUGUACCAUUUCUAAACAAAGCCUGACCAGAAUGGACUUUGCUAGACUGGACUUUAACAUUUGCUCUUUAGAAAAAUUAUAAUAUAAUCUACCAUUUUGUGUUUGCUAUUGAAUUUAGUAUCUACUGUAAACCCACAACUUUUUGUUUAUCANUGCAAAGAACAUUUUAAAGAAAUCACGGCAAGAGGACCCCUAUAUUGCUUUGCUGGCAUAUCGCAAUACACCACAGCAGGGUCACGUUUAUUCCCCGGCACAGAGAUUGAUGUCUAGAAGACUCCGGGAUCUGAUUCCCAUGGCUACAAGCAAACUCCAACCACAACUAACAGUGCCAAGUGUAGUGACCCAGAACAUUGCGGAAAGGAAACAAAAGGCCAAGACCCACUAUGACAAACGAGCAUCAAAGCAGCUCAGUGAAUUUGCAAUCGGCGAGAGAGUCUUCGUGAAACCGAGCCCGAGGAACAGAAGCAAACCCUGGAUACAUGGUGAGGUGGUUAACAAGCCUGCGCCAAGAUCGUGCACUUUAAGUACUCCAUUGGGGCUUGUUCGUCGGAAUCACGCACAAAUUAGGAAAGCAUCCACCGAUCCGGUGCGCGGCUACAGUGAAUCGGUAUCAAUCGACACAGAUGUAGCAUCAGAUACAUCUGAGCAGGUGGACGACCCCUCAAGUCCAAACAGCGGUGGAACAGAACAGGUGGAGCAGCCCGAGUACGUGAACCCUGAACAUCAUGCAUCACCGGAAAUCGUGCUGCGGAGGUCGUCUAGGAACCGGAAGUUACCCUCCAGAUUUAAAGAUUACGUAAUGAACAUUAGUUGAACACUUGCAUAGCUUUGAGACAUCGAGACAUGAAGUACUUUGACUUAUCUCAUGGAUUACGCCAUAGCACAAACUGUUACUCUGUAUCAUGUGUUUCGUGACUUUAUUCAUUUAUGUUCAUUUUAAUUUUAUUUUUUUAUUUUUUAAUUUUUUCAUGAAAGGAAAGGUGUUGCACGUUCACAUGUAACUCAUUAGCAUACGUAGCUUGUUGCACGUGCAUUUGCAAUGUGCAGUAAAUUAGCAUAUCCAACUUGUUACUUAGACUUUGACAUUUUCGCAAUUAAAGCAAUAUCUUCAUCGAGUGCACCACGCUAUCAACAAAAAGCAUCUGGAAAAAUAUUAUGGGUAGGAGCAAAAAAAGAGUAGGCAUUUCUUAUGCUAGAAUACAUCAAAUAUGCUAGAUGUUUUAUUCACACAUAGCCCUUUUAUUUCACUUAUCAUAUUUAGGUCCACUUUCUUUUUACAGUGUGGGGGAUGAAGUACGCCAUGGCCUAGCUAGCACAUUUGUGAUUAUUAUUUGUCCAGUCUGUGGAAAAAAAUAA